AUGACCGCGGCUGAGAACAGUGGUAGCGUGGUUCCAUCUGGCGAUCUCAACAACACGCAAGCUGCACGAGCAUUCGUCAAGAUAGCACCUGAUCUCAAAUAUCUUAAACGCACUUUGGCCAUUCCACCAUCGGAAGACGCGAAAGAUGUUCGAAAAGCAUAUCGGCCCUUCCUUUUGGACGACGAAAUCAGUAGUAACGACUGGGUGUCGAAGUUGGAGCUCAGUACCGCCAUGAAGAUGGUGGAGCAAGAACUCAAGAGCACGGAGGGAGACAGGUUGAAGGUUUUGGUUUUAUAUGGCAGCAUGCGGGCGCGAUCGUAUUCACGUCUUGUUGCGUAUGAAGCCGCUCGCAUCCUCUUCCGGCUCGGCUGCGAUGUCCGCGUCUUCGACCCUACGGGACUACCAGUCAAGGAUGAUGUUCACCAUGCACAUCCAAAGGUGCAGGAGCUGCGGAAUCUGAGCAAAUGGAGUGACGGUCACGUAUGGGUGUCACCUGAGCAACACGGCAACCUCACUGCGGUGUUCAAAAACCAAAUCGAUUGGAUCCCACUCUCCACUGGCUCGGUCCGCCCUACUCAAGGCCGUACUCUAGCAAUCGCGCAGGUAUCCGGCGGUUCACAAUCCUUCAAUACCGUCAACUCACUGCGGAUGCUCGGCCGCUGGAUGCGCAUGUUCACCAUUCCUAAUCAGAGCUCUAUCCCCAAGGCAUACACGCAGUUCACCAACGAGACCGCCGAGGAGGGCGGAAGUAGACUCAUGCCCAGCGACAACAGAGAUCGCCUCGUUGAUUGCAUGGAGGAGUUCGUGAAGUAUACUAUUAUCAUGCGGCCUCAUUUCCAUCUGUUUGAAGACCGGUUUAGCGAGCGGAUCAAGCGGAAAGCUCUUGUGGAUGGUUAA